AUGUCAAGGCCUGACCCAGACACGAGUGUCCAUCAAACAUCAUUGCCGACGGCUAUCAGCAGUGAUAGGUCGUCCCACCUGGCCGACGACUUCAAUUUGGCCACAGCCAAUUUGACCAAAAGAAAUGGCUGUCCUAUAACUUACUCAGAGAAGGCCACUGUUGUCGAGGAUGGUGAAGAAUCAAUAGGAGGCACAUUGUCGAAGCCGACUUUUGAUCAUACGCACCGGAAGCUGAAGCCCAGACAUAUUCAGCUUAUCGGUAUCGGGGGUACGAUUGGUACAGCACUCUAUGUCCAGGUCGGUAAAAGUUUGAUGAAGGGUGGCCCUGGCAGUCUGGCUGAGAUGGUCAUCUACCUGCCAAUCUCAUCGCCCUUUAUUCGAUUUGCCGGCCGCUAUGUCGAUGAAGCCUUUGGUGUUGCCGCCGGCUACAACUUCUUCGUCUUUGAGGCUGCCCUAGUGCCCUUUGAGAUCACCGCGUGUAAUAUGAUCAUAAACUACUGGAGCGACGUUAUCCCAGUGAGCGGGGUCAUCGUCAUCGUGCUGGUCCUUUACAUACUCCUCAACGUCUUCGCAGUGCAAUGGUACGGCGAAUCCGAGUUUUGGCUUGCGCUUUCGAAAGUAUUACUCAGCAUUGGGUUGAUUCUCUUCACAUUCAUUGUGAUGCUGGGCGGCAACCCAAAGGGAGAUCGAUUCGGGUUCCGAUACUGGAACGAGCCGGGAGCCUUUGCGGAGUAUUACAAAACGGGUGAUCUUGGACGAUGGCUCGGUUUCCUUGCAUGCCUGAUCCAGGCCAGUUUCACCAUUGCAGGACCCGAUUAUGUGUCGAUGGCAGCUGGAGAGGCAGCCAACCCCCGCGGAGUCUUGCCUAGGACAUAUAACGGUAUAUUCUAUCGACUCACAGCUUUCUUCGUUUUGGGUGUGCUGUGUAUCGGCAUUCUUGUCCCCUACAAUGAUCCUACUCUGGCCGAAGCCUUCGCCAAGGGCUUGCCGGGCGCCGCUGCAUCGCCUUAUGUUGUUGCUAUGGACAGACUCGGGAUCCCUAUCCUGCCCCACAUUGUCAACGCCAUGAUCCUGCUGGCAGCUUUCAGUGCCGGGAAUAGUUAUGUUUAUUGCGCCAGCAGAAGCCUUUACGGGCUUGCUCUGGACGGCAAGGCACCCCGAUUGUUCACUAAGUGCACUAAGCGGGGUGUACCGAUCUACUGUGUCACAGUUGUCAUGUUGAUUGCACUUCUAGCCUUCCUCCAAGUAUCAAACAGCGCAUCUGUCGUCCUGGAUUGGUUCGUUAAUCUGGUAACUGCUUCUCAGCUUAUCAACUUUUCCGUCGUCACCUUUACCUAUACCCGUUUUUGGAAAGCUAUGAUAGCCCAAGGUAUUCCACGAGAAUCGCUCCCAUACAAGAGUUGGUGGCAACCCUAUACUGCCUAUGUUGCGCUGGUUUCCACGACAGUCAUGACUUUUGUAGGCGGCUAUACUGUCUUUCUGCCUGGGAAUUGGGAUAUCCCGACCUUUCUCUUCUCUUAUACGAUGAUUGGAGUGUUUCCAGUCCUGUACUUUGGUUGGAAGAUUGUACACCGCACACAGGUGAAAAAACCGGAAGAAGUGGAUCUCUUGACAGGACUCGACGAGAUCGACGAGUAUGAGAGACAUUACGUUCCCGAAAAGCCAAGGUAA